AUGUAAUUUUGUUAGAGCUUUUUCAGUUUAAGAUUAAACAGAUUAGAAGAAAUAUUAGAUAAACAUUCAUAAGUAAUAGUGUGUGAAGAUGCUGCAUAUCAUCAUGUUUGGCGGUUAUUAGCCAUUUCUUAUCCUAGAUGUAUUAUUCAUCCAAAAUUAAAAUAUAAGACAGCAUGUGUAACAAGUGCAGCUACAGGAUUAAGAAUUGGAUUUGCAAUUGGAGAUGAAAAAUAUAUAAAAAAGAAAUAAAUUCCGCUUAAAAGUAUCAUAACUUUUGUUCGAAUCCUGUCUUAUAAACUGCCACAGCGAAAUGCUUAGAAUAAACUAUUUGAUGGUUAAUACUUUACAAAAAUUUGUAUGAAGAAUAAUCAACUAUGUUAAUAAAUGGUUUACUUGAGAGCAGAUUCAAACUGCAUUCUUGGGUUCCACAAGGAGGAUACUUUUUAUAUACCUGAGAAAUAUUUCAAAGAUGAUUAAAAUGGUCAUCAACUUACUAAAGAUUUUGCUUUUGCUUAUUAUAUAGCCAAUUAAGGUGGAGUGGUGUAUGUAUUCCUUUUGGGUUCAAGGUUUGUGAGAUGGGCAUUUUGCAAGACUACAGAGACUAUUUAAGAUGCAUGUAAUCGUUUAAAAUGA